GACAGAGACACACUCACUGUUGUUCAUUGCUUUUGGAAGUUGGUGCCCCAUUACACUGCUGUGUGAUGUGGAGGGGACAGCACUGAGCCCAAACUGAACAGAACUGUACGAUUUGAGCACAGAUAGAGAAAGAAGAGUGAAGCCUUGCACCUGCUAAAAAGAGCCUCCAGGAUUCGCACCCACACUGCUGAAGAAGAUGUUUGUCUCCCUGCUGACCUGUGUCCCCCUCUUUCUCUUCCUGAUGCACAGCACGUGCAUGUUAUCUGGAGCCAAGCAUCCUGACAGGAAUGACUUUGACCUCUCACCCACCAUCCAGAAACUUAUGAAAGGCUACAACCGUUACCUGAGGCCCAAUUUCAAUGAAGGUCCGAUCGAGAUCGGGAUGAGUCUGGACAUUGCGAGUAUUGACGCCAUCUCUGAAAUCAACAUGGACUACACAGCGACCAUCUUCCUGAGGCAGCGGUGGACGGAUGAGCGACUCCUCUUCGAGGGCAAUAAGAGCCUGAGUCUGGACGGAAGGUUAGUGGAGCUCCUCUGGGUACCAGACACAUUCAUCGUUGACUCCAAGAAGUCAUUCCUGCAUGACAUCACUGUGGAGAACCGCCUCAUCCGAAUCUUCAGCAAUGGCACUGUGCUCUACGCACUCAGGAUAACGGCUACAAUCGCCUGUAACAUGGACCUGACCAAAUACCCCAUGGAUCGGCAAGAGUGCACCAUGCAGUUGGAGAGCUGGGGCUAUAAUCUUCAGGAUGUGGUUUUUUACUGGACGCGGGGGAACGAUUCAGUGAAAGGUCUAGACACACUGCAGCUUGCACAGUACUCAGUGGAGAGCUACUACACCUCCGUAUCACAAGCUGUGUAUGAGACAGGUUUCUACCCCAAGCUGGUACUCCACUUUGCGCUGCGGCGUAACAUCUUGUACUUCAUCCUGGAGACGUAUGUCCCGUCUACGCUGCUGGUGGCGCUGUCCUGGGUCUCCUUCUGGAUCAGCCAGUCUUCUGUCCCAGCCCGCACCUGCAUCGGGGUGACGACAGUCCUGACCAUGACCACCCUGAUGAUGGGCGCUCGCACCUCCCUUCCCAAUGCAAACUGCUUCAUCAAGGCUAUUGAUGUGUACCUGGGGAUCUGCUUCAGUUUCAUAUUUGGGGCUCUGUUGGAGUAUGCCAUUGCACACUUCUGCACUGUGCAGCACUUCACUCUCCAGGAUGUGCAGCAGGAGCUUAGGAAAGAUUUAGAGGAGUCAAAAGGGACGCUUCCAGUCAUCAGCACCAGUUUCGCCCACCCCAGCAAGGUGGUGAAGCGAAACAACAUCCAGAAGGACUGUGUGAGAAUGGUGACUCCUGGGGAGGUGAGCUCAAAGGCGGAGCUGGGCCUGGGUAAUGAGCAGUUCUUCGUGGCUCUCAAGGGGAAGGUUCAGCGAACCCUGGCUUUCUUCCAUGUGGAAAACCCACACAACAUUGACCGCUAUUCCCGCAUGUUCUUCCCCCUGGCAUUCAUGUUAAUCAAUGUUUUCUACUGGAUCUAUUACCUCUUCCUCUAAACACACACUGAACCCCUCCUUGUCUUUUAAUGAAACAGUUUUAAAGGGUGUACACUUGGAAUAGAAUGGACAAGUUGCAGUGGUCUCCUUGCUUAAUUGCUGUUUUAAAAGUAUCUAACUGUAAGCCUGUGUAGGGUGAAGACCAUUCUUGUGGUUAUGUCACCCAAAGUACAAGGGGAAAGAGACCAGACACUAAAGUAUUUAUAAUGAUUUCCAUUCCUUCUGCAGUGGUGUUAUUGCAUACAACUGGAUCCUCAAAGUAAAAAUACAUGAAGGACUUCAUAAGAAGGUUUAUGUCAGACUGCUGUGCACCACAGAAUCUAUCGACCUAUAUUAAGCAGAUCCUUUGCUAUAAAACCUAGGCUGAAGUUAAAUAUUUAAACAUCUUUAGGACUCAGAAGAGACUGCUAUAGUGCAUCAAACAAAUGGGCCUGUCUCCCAAUGUCUGACACGCUGUCCUUUUUCGUUCUUCCCAACUCCUACUUGUGAAGUGCCUCAGGACAGACUUAAUCAUGCCUGUUUUUACAUCUGAAGCGAAAAUCUGUGGCUGGCAAACUGAGGUUGCCUUGGAAACUUCUCAGCUGAAAGAUGAUAAACCUGAUGUCAGACAUUGAUCCCUUUCACAUUAACUGAUGCACAUUAUUGAGGAAGGAAAUAGGGAAUUCUUCACCCGAACUAAAGAAAUAGUUCUGCUCCUCAGUUCAGCAUAUUAUAUAUUCUCUUCAAACUUGCCUAAACUCUUCACACAUUUUUCUUACAUGCCUACCAGCAGCAUCUAACAAUCAAAUAAAGCACAUAAAAGCAUGGACAUUACUGAGCUUUGAAUGAUCCAAAUACCGAUUACCGGAUUCUGCUGAGCCAACGCCACGGCUUGAAUGAACAUUUAGCUGAAAGUCACAUUUUCACCAUUAAUUUCUGCUUUUUAAUAAUGAUGCGCAAAUAAUGCC